AUGACAGUGAAGGAUGAACCUUCCACAACACCUUGCGAGAAAGGAUGGGUCACCUUCCAUGGGAGUUGUUAUUACUUUUCAAAAUCUAAAUCUACAUUCAAAGAUGCAAUGACGGAAUGUUACAACCUGGGUGCAGAAUUGGUGGAAUUUCAAAAUGCAAAGGAAGAGAAAUGGUUUGAUCUUCACAACCGAGUACGAGAACGUGAAAGGCAGUUUUUAUAUUUAUCCAAUGCCGAGGGACUUUAUUAUACUCGUUGUGCAGCAGGACAGCCGGAUAACGCGGGAAAUAUCGAACACUGUCUUACCUAUGCCGUGUCUGUACGAGGGAUGAACGAUGCACCAUGUGGUAGCAGAUUGAACUAUGCAUGUAAAAAAUGAA